GCGGCGGCGCAUGCGCAGUGCCGUGGGGCCGGGGCCGGUGUCCGCCAUGGCGGGGCGCGGGAAGCUGAUCGCCGUGAUGGGGGACGAGGACACGGUGACCGGGUUCCUGCUGGGGGGCGUGGGGGAGCUGGACAAGCACCGGCGGCCCAACUUCCUGGUGGUGGAGAAGGAAACCAGCCUGGCCGAGAUCGAGGAGACCUUCCGGAGUUUCCUGGCGCGGGAGGACAUCGGGGUGGUGCUGAUCUCGCAGGUGCUGGCGGAGCUGAUCCGGCACGCGGUGGAGGCGCACAGCCGCCCGCUGCCGGCGGUGCUGGAGAUCCCCUCCAAGGAGCACCCCUACGACCCCGCCAAGGACUCCGUGCUGCGCCGCGCCCGCGGGCUCUUCACCCCCGACGACCUGCGCUAGGGACCCCCCCCCGCGCCCCCCCCGCCCCCCCCAAGGGGGUCCUCACCCACCCCCGCGCUCCACCACCCACCCCAGGGGGGCCCCUGUCCCACCCCGGGGGUCUCCAUCCCACCCCAGGGUGCCUCCGGGGGUCUCCAUCCCCCAUUGGGGGUCCCCGUCCCACCCUUGGGGGUCCAUGACCUACCCCAGGGGGCUGCCGGGGGGGCUCCAUCCCACCCCAGGGUGGCCCCAUCCCACCCCAGAGGGUCUCCAUCCCACCCCAGGGCUCCGUGACCCACCCCAGGGGGCUUCCAGGGGGUCUCCAUCCCACCCCGGGGGUCCCUGUCCCACCCCAGGGUGCCUCCGGGGGGCCCCAUCCCACCCUAGAGGAUCUUCAUCCCACCCCAGGGCUCCGUGACCCACCCCCAGGGGGCUGCCGGGGGGGCUCCAUCCCACCCCAGGGUGGCCCCAUCCCACUUUGGGGGUCCCCGUCCCACCCCAGGGCUCCAUGACCCACCCCCAGGGUGUUUCCGGGGGUCCCCAUCCCACCCCAGGGUGCUUCCAGGGGGUCCCCGUCCCACCCCGGGGGUCUCCAUCCCACCCCAGGGCUCCGUGACCUACCCCAGGGUGGCCCCAUCCCACCCCAGGGUGCCUCCGGGAGUCUCCAUCCCCCCCUUGGGGGUCCCCGUCCCACCCUUGGGGGUCCAUGACCCACCCCAGGGUGUUUCUGGGGGUCUCCAUCCCACCCCAGGGUGUCCCCAUCCCACCCUGGGGGUCCCCGUCCCACCCCGGGGUGCCUCCAGGGGUCUCCAUCCCCCCUUGGGGGUCCCCGUCCCACCCCCGGGUGCCGGUGAGGGGACCCUGCCCCACCCCAAGGGUCCGUGUCCCACCUCAGGGUGCCACUGGGGGGGGGGGGGGGGGU